CACCCGUUAUGUAAUUACCAACCAGUUGAUAUGAAUCAAGAGUGUUGAUCAGUGUUGGUUGUGUGAUAUUACUUGUAAUAAAUAGACACAAGACAAAAGAGCAAUGUUUACCUGCAACGUGAUAACUAAACUGACUGGUGCACCUAUUUUCUUAAAUUUCGUACGUCAUAUUCAUAGACGUAGAAUUAAAUGGAAAGAUGCACAGGGUAAAUUGGAAGGGGUAAAAUAUGGGCAUGUUACAUUUUUUCCAAGACGUCCAGAUCAUGUUGAUCCAUCAUUUGAGCCGAGCAAGCUGUUAUUAGUAACACGGGUAAAGCCUUUUGCAGGUAAUCCAUGGUGGGAGAAAAGGGUGCUCGAAAAUUUAGGUUUCGAAGAUAAGAAACACGGAAAUCUUCUAGUGAUCGUAAAAAACACGCCAGAUAUGUGUGCCAUGCUCUGGAAAGUAAAGCAUUUGGUAAAGAUCGUUCCCAUAAAGUUACCCGACAAAUUGCCAACCACGGACGAUCUAAAUGGCACAUAUUUACACGAGAAUGGCACAUUUUAUGUUGUACCGAAAGUAGAACCUAUUCGCGAAGAAGCUGUGGAACAGUUUAUGAACAAUCCAAAGAAGCUGAAUCGUGAUAUUAUACAAGAAAAACUGAGACUUAAGUGGUUAGAGGGAAAUUUGAUGUAAUAGAUACUUGAAUUA